GUUCGAACGGAACGCGAGUGAGUGAAGAAGAUGGCGGAUCCAUUGUCGCUUCUUCGCCAGUACAACAUCAACAAGAAGGAGAUUAUAGAAAGAGCAGAUGAAAUCAUAUUUGACGAGUUUUCAUUCUUGAGGGCUGCAAAAACAAAUUAUGUCAUCUUCAAGUGAGUAGAAUGCCGUUUGACCUCUCGGAAAAGUGAAAGAAUAUUGGUCGGUUGUGUACCCAAACAAGUCUCAUUUGUGAACUUAACUUUCAUUCAGAUCCCAGCCGAAGGAGUAUUAUACGUUGGAGUCUUUGUUAUUCCUUUUGAAAAAUGUUCACUUAUCUCAUCCAAUCUACGUACAGCGUGCAGCGGUAAGCCAAUAUUUUAAUUUUACGUGCAAUUACAAGCUGUACAAAAACUAAGCUUAAGCCUAAUUUUCAGUGCUAAGGUACGUUACAGCUGUAGCUUGAAGUUAAAGCUCUCUCUUGCUUCAAUUGAUCCAGUUUAUGAAAAAAAUCAUACCAACUAAAUAGUCGUAGUUUAAUCGUUUAUGGUGCCCCAUCAAAUAUGCUUUUAUUAAGGUUGCAUUUGGAGUUAUCGUUCGGUAAAUUAAUACCCGCCAAUGAGAUAAUACCAGUUACUGAUCUGACAAUUUUUUUCAUGGAAGCAUUGAUUAUCCCUCAUAUUUUACAGCUUUUGCUAGAGUGAGAUUAUUAGUUUGCUGUUCUUGUUCUUCAGAGAAAGCGUAACCUGAAUUGGCUAAAUGAAUUUGCAUCUGCCAGAUUAAUUUACUGUUUGUUUUGUUAUCGUUUUAGGGAACAAAGAUUCCUGUUGUGAGGUUACCAGACAGAAAGGUCUGUAUUUUUGGUGGUUUAUUUUUUUAUAAGAUAAUGCUUGGCUUUGAUAGAUGCUGUGUCUGAGAGAAAUUUUGUUGUUGAUUUUUCAAAACAAUAAAUUUCAUUAAUUUUACACUGUGUGCCCUUGGUACAGAACAGAUACGGCAAUUACAUUGACAGGCUCUCAUAAAAAGCACUAAACAACUUUGUGAAAAUAAAACGUUUAAUGAUGGAGAGAAUCAGAGUCGCAAGAUUCAAAACAUGUUCAUUUCCUCCUGACUACCUCGCCCUGCACCCUGCGAGCUUAGCCUCUUUUUGUGUUUUUCUUGUUAGAGGAAGAGAAAAGCAGGCCCUGCCUGGAUCUUGUCAAGCUGUUGAAGAACUUUUGGACUACUCGAUCUUGUUUUCUCUCAGCAGACAGUGAAACUGGUUUUUGCGAGUAUGAACAUCUGUUUCAUUACUGAACCUGCUGUACAAAUUGCACAGCUAUUUGACUUGGGUUGAAAACUGUAUCCAAGCAACAUGCAAUGCAUGCUCAACAAAGAUAUUACUUAAUUCAAAGUCUCUCUUUUGCGACUCUUGCAGAGUCUUUCUUGACUACCCUAAAUUUAACCACAUAAAAGAUACAUUGUAAGCUCUGCUGGCAGGGUGACUCCUCUGAUGAUUUCAAAAUUUCUGGAUCUCAAUAAUCUUUCUUGAUAGAGACGGCCAUUGUGUUGUUGAGCGAUGGAAGAAAAGUAUGGACUACUGUUUUGUUCCUGAGUGCAAUCAUGCACAUGAAAGUCAUACAUAUCAAUGUCUUCAUUUUUUCUGACAUAUUUGCAAGACUAUGGCUUGUUGACAUCCACCAUUCUUCCACCAUGGCAAUGUGAUAAGACUUCUCCUCUUUUUCACAAGUCUCAUCAACAGACAUUAUGAUGAGUUUAGUUCAUCUGCUGCUGCUGCAGGGCUAUCCAAGGUCCUCAUUUUGCGGAAAAAUAGUAAUGUACAAACAAAAAUAACUUCACAUAAUUGUUUGUUUUAGGGAUUACUCAGCUACCUCAAUGGAGAGACAGGUGAAGUUCUUAGCUGUUAUUAAAUUGAAUAUGUGUACUUGCUAGAUUUUCUUUAAUUUUUGAUAAACGAAAAAAAAAUUGCAUUAAAAUUUUUUGUGACACAUGUAGGCUUUAGCACUGUUAGUCUUUAUGUACAUGGGAAACUAAGCAAAUGUAGCAAAACUAAAGAUUAAAAAUCUAGAGCUUAUUAUGAAUGGUGUCCCUCUACAGUAGCUACAUGCACAGCAGCUAAGUGUAUAUCCACAAAAACAAACUAAUAAUCGUUUUGGUUAUCUAAUUUGAAAAAAGCUGUUUUCUCCAUGAAAUAAAUACAGCAGGAGUGUGGAGGCUAUCAUUUUAUUAGCAGUGAUUGUGUGUGUUGCCUUAUCGUGUAAGAUUUUAUGUGAGACGUACACUGUAAUAUGAGUUGUGUUUUAGUAAUUUACUGUCUACUCUGUAUAUUUGGAUUUUUAGAUACAUCAAGUAGCAUUGACAAAAGUGUUCCACUAGAGAUGCCAAACCAGCGCUCUGCAAUUGCUCAAGCACAAGGUAACAUUACAUGUAUAUAUACAUGCAUAAAUGCCAGAGUGUAAACAACUAAUAUGAUUGGGCUUGAAGAUGAUGAUGUGAACUGCAGAAAUACAAAUUUAAGUCAAGAUAUGAUGAUCAUCACAGUUGUAAUAGAAGCAAUUGCAAAUUAACACGAAAAAGUUUUCGGGGCUAUAACAGGAUUCAAACCCAUCGCUCUGCAUUAGCUCUGCAGCGCUCUAACAACUGCAGGGUUUGAGCCAGGCCACGCCAUUGCGCCAAUCCGGCACUGCAAUUGGAAUUGUCCCUUUAAAAAACGGCCAAGGGGACAAUUUGUCCCCUUCAAAAUUUAGGGAAAAAACUUGAAAGGAAGCACACACGAAGAGAUUUAUUUCGGUACAGAAGUUGCAAGCUGAAACAGAAUGUGGAAAGUAUAUUUUAUCGCACCUUUAAAGUUCAUUCCAAAGUUACGUUUCAGUCACGCUCUACUGCUAUUUUUGUCGGAAAUCUAAGACAGGGCUUCUGAUUUUUCGCACGGUCGAGGAGCCGUGAAAUUCACAAAAACACGAAAAAUACCGCGAAAUUCGGUAGAAAUCUUAUCAAAUGCAUGUCUGUACAACAUAUUUGAAACUUAUUUCAGCUAUAGGGGCUAUUUACUUGCCGUAAACUUGCAAAUUUAUCUUGGAACUUCGUCACUGAAAACGUGCAAACAGAUUAUGUUGCGAAAAGCUGGGCACUAGCCAUCAUGUUAAAGGCUUUGCCAUUGGUUCAUUUCUGGAGGGUAUUGUUGUUGAAAGAGCAAAUGAUGACCUCUGUUAGGAAAACAUUAAAAAGGCUGGUCUGAUCAACCCAAAACCGAUCGAUUUCUGGCGAAAUUUGCCUUGAAAAAUAACCACAAAAUUGGCCGUUUUUUACCGAUUGCUUUUCGGCAAAGUUUGCCCCAAAAACUCCCGCGAAAUCGGCCGAUUUUUCCGCGAAUUUGUCCCUAAAAAUCCCGCGAAAUUUGACUUUUUCGUCCGAGACCUAUCAGAAGCCCUGCUUAGAAGGAAGGGUGUACAAAUUUCUGUCCCCCUAAAAAUGAAAAUGUCCCCCAAAAUUUUAGCCAAGGGGACAAAUUGUCCCCUAGUGAUCAAAUCCUAGCUCAAACCGUGCAACUGAGCUGUGAAGACCCAUACAUUGGGAGUGGGCCAAUUUGUACAGUUUAUCUUAACCUGCAAAAUGAAUGAAACAUGGAAUGAUAGUGAUGUGGACUGUGGAAAUAAAAAAAUAUAAAUGAAAGAUAUGAUCAUUGCACUUGUAACAGCAAUUUAAGCAAUUGCAAAUCAGUGUGAAAAAAAAAAGAUUCGGGCCUCAGUGGGAUUCAAACCAUGGCUGUGCUCUAAUAGAAAAUGAAGGGAGCCCAAUGCUCUUAAGUUGAGAAAUCCAGGGUGCUCAGCAUAAUAAAUUUGUACAAUGUAUAAACAAACUAAGAUCUUCCUGUCACCCAAGAGAAAGAGUAAGGAGCUAGGGACCACCAGGUGCUGCUGGUACAGCCCUGUGAACCCAUGACCUCUGCAUUAGUGCUGAAGUGCUUUAAAUGAUUGGGUUUGUUAAUUCUUCUUCUCACGAUAAUUACCUUGUUACUGAUUGUGAUGUGUUUGCUACGUACUGCUGGUUUCCUUAAGGCAAUGGUGUUCUUUAGCUACAUGGAAAUAUUAGAAGCAUUCUGGUUUUGAAAAUGAUUUUGAAAUUCAGACAAGACUUUCAAUUCCAUCUCCCCAAAAAGGAAGCUCAUUCUUAGUACUCUGACUAUCUAGUGAGUUUUGCUAUGAGGGCUUAGAGGUUUUAUCUCUGUUGUUUUUGUAGCUGGAAUGUGACACUUUAUUGACAACCCCACAUCCGAAAAUGAUGUUUAUUGGCCAGUAUGAAAUCACAAUAAUUAUUGUCAUAGGCUGGAAGAAAAACACAUCAUAAUAAUGUUUCCAUUCAGAUUUUGAUAUACUUUUUGUGUAUAACGUUAUUCAAAGUAGUUCCUUCUUCUUUCUAGAAAAAAGUAGCCAACUUCUCUGAGCAAAAUGGCUGACGCUUUUCAUCGGCUGUUAGUGCUUAUUGAAACCCCUGGGCAAUGAAAUAAAUUUUAGUGAAAUGUUUAUGAAACAAAAGAGAACAUGACUCAAUUCCCAAUUAAGAUCUUCUGCCUUACUGCAGCUAAAGAUCACUUGCUUUGCAGUAGCAGUUACUUUGUGGUUGUUGUCAUAUAAAUAAUUGUUUUAUUUACAUGACAGCAAAAAGACCAGGAGAUGACGCAGUUGGUGGAGAGUUUAAAAAGCCAAGAGUUGAGGUCAGUGUAUUGAGAAGAGCCUAUAAAUUUCAGUGUAAAAUCUUCCCUACUAUUGCCUGAGUAAAUUGUAAAUCUUCUUGUUGUAGCAAUUCUUACUUAGCUUGUAAAACAUUGUGAUAACCGUACUUUAACAUGUUGCUGUUGAUUUCUCUUUUUCAGACAGAACAGUUAAGACUGGAUAAGGUAACACUUCAGAUACAAUGUACAAUUUACUGGUCGAAUUUGAUUUCAGGUUAAAAUUUUUUAACCAGGUUCAUUUUCAGUUUCCUUUGUCUUCUAGGGCUAGGAGAAAUUGGAAAUUGAUAAUCCAUUCUAGGUUAUUAAAAUCAAAAUUAACCUGAAAUCAAAUUUAACCCAUAACAUACGUAAUAAAUAACUACAACUUUUUGCGAAAUAAAUAAUAAUGAGGAGAUCCACAAAUUUCAAACAAAGUGAUUGAUUUGGUAGUGGGGAGCAGAGCAUGCCUUAAAAGUCCUUGAUUCUGUAGACUAGGGCUAACACUAAAUGUUUUUAAGAAGUCAGGUAUAGGAAAUAAGUUUGUGGGUUCAUUGAACAGCUACAUAAGAAGUUCUGUUGGUUCUAUCUUUUUUUUGUUUCCUAUGAAAGUACCUUAGUGUACUGCUCAGACAGAAUUGUUGCAUUAGAGUACAUACAAUCAUGGAUAUGUAUGCCACUCAAAAUGAGCUCGCAACCAGCAAUUUUGCCACUUAAAGUGUAGUAUUUGCCAGCUACCUUACACUUAACCUCUGAAAAGUUACGUGAGACUCACACAGCAUAAAGCCGUAAUUGCUAUAGUGUGUAAAUGUACCUGCUACUGCCAUUAGCCUGCUUAUUAUUGCAAAACAUGGAUGCCAGGCAUCAAUUUACAGAGUAUCUGCAUAUUGAUUUUCUUUUUUGAUUAAUAGAAAAGGUUGGAGGCUCGUCUUGAAGGGCACAAAGAGGGUACUGUCACCACAGAGCAGAUCCGGUAAGUGGACUGUAUUCAAAUUUAAUGUCAUUCUGUGUGCUAAUUUAACACCUGCAUUCAGGUCAGAAGUAGACAUCCAAACAAAAGGUGCUGCUAAUUUUGUUACCAUAUGGACUGAAAGCUUUUGUUUAGAGUAUUUCAAACAGUAUUCUAUUACAACGCUCUCACCUUGCACUUGCUGAAUAUAUUCAGUUAUGGUAGAGUUGACCAAGCACCUUCAGAGGAAAUAGAAUAUGGCAUUAGGCCAACCGCACAAAUUUUCAGUGUGCAAGUGGGAGGGUGGGCUGUUCUGUUUUCCUUCUUGCCACUGAUCUGAGAAUAAGUGGAGUAAAGGCUUUGCGGCUAUUUUAUUGUCACCCCUAGGGACCAUUACUCCCCAGUGUGGUUAUUUAUAAGCAUUAGCAGGGGGUUCUAGCUUUCGCACUUUGUUUUCAAGCAUUGUGAAUAGUGUCAAGGUAAGCUUUUUUUGUAGUCAUGUACUUCUAGUGUUUGUUCUACUGCCUUCAGAUUCUCAUAAAAUGAUAUAAUUAGGGAAUACCUAAGUGGAAUGGUUCAUCAUAAUCAAUAAUAAUUUAUUGCUAUUUAACUUUAAUCAAGGUUUACUACAUGUACAUUUACACUGUAUACGUUGUAAACAUGUAUCAGGUUCUUUUUGGAAUCUGCCUCACAAUAAUAAAAUACUAUUCUUGUUUUUAAUGUUAUUCUUGUUUUGUUGUUUUUACCUUACAUAAUGUAGGUCCCUGAGUGAUGCUAUGUCUGUUGAGAAAAUUGCAGCCAUCAAAGCCAAGCGUCUGGCAAAGAAACGGACAACCAUUAAAGUGGAUGAUGACCUGGAAGCAGGCGUCUUGGUAUGGAAACAAUGACUAGGGAGGGGAGGGAAGGGAAGGGAGGGAAGAUUUAGGCAGUUAAAUCUUAAAUGAUGCUUGCUCCUGCAUUACAUUAUAUACACACACUGUUUUGCCUUUUGGUGGUCUUUGGAAAUGAUAUUGAUUUAUAAAUUUUUAGGAACAAAGAUUUUUUGUGGAUGCAGAAGUUGAUGUAACAAGAGACAUCGUUAGUCGUGAGCGGCCUUUACGAACACGAACUUCUGUCCUGCAAAGUUCUGGCAAGGUUUGUCAUCGCAUCAAUAAUUGACUAUUUUUCAUUUCUGAUAAUUAUCCCCCCCUCCUCCAUUAUUGUAGAUUGUUGAUCGCAACAACAAAUUCAUUCCUUGCAAUUUAUUUUUUAGCAAUUUCUAAAGAAUGUGCUAGCCAUUCUUCAAUCAGUGAAAGCCCAGGAAGAAGGAAAAGUCAAGCAACUACAAAACCAGGAUCCCUUUUCAUCUGCUGUAAGUUAUCAUACUCCUGCAUUAUUUUUCACUUAAAAACAUAAUUAUUUACAAGUUCAAGAAAAAAGACAGAAAAAACUUGGAUCUUGACAAAGACGUGAAAAGAAGUACAGAUGUAAUUCUAUUUUCAGGAUUUUGUGAAGAUUACAGAAAGGCAUUUCUUUGCAGUUGAUGAAAUUUUAAUACAAAACCACCCAAGUUCCUAGAAAAAACAAGUAAUUAAUAUUAUAACCAACAAUGACUUUUCAUGGCCUGCACAAGAUGCUAAAGAUAUUAAGAAGUGUGACGUCUGUGAAUAUUUUAUUGAUCAGGGAAUUUUUAGUCUUUGAAUCCCCACAUUCAGGCUUUCUUUUCUCAACUUCAUAAGUUGCAUAUUUAUUUGUGAUGAUCAUCUCUGUAUUUAUUUGGAAUUUUCUUUAUUUGAAAGACUGGCAACCCUGUUACAACAAUAGUCUUGCUUCAUUCACCUGCACCUAGAGGUCUUCUAGCUACUGUAAGUCAUCUUUUAAAUUUGCUUACUUUCAUCCAAAAAGGAGGCCAGGAAGAAGCCAGCAACACCAGUUCCAUACAACAGAUACGAUCAAGAGAGAUUUAGAGGAAAAGAAGGUAUUUAAUGUAGCCAUGUCUACAUGUACAUUAUACAGAGCAAAAGCAUUUUGACUUUCAAUCAUUGUCACCCGCACUCCGUAACCUUUGGUUAUUACUAGUAUAGCAUUAUUGAUUGUUCUUUCUUUUUUGUCCAUAGAAACUGAGGGAUUCAAGAUUGACACAAUGGGAACAUAUCACGGUCUCAGUUUAGAGUCUGUGAAGGUGAUUAUUUGAAAACUUUUGCAGUUUUCAAGUGUAUUAUCAGGCUUAAAAACUUGAGGUGAAACCACGACAGCAAGUAUAUUUAGAUUUGGGGUUAUUUUGGUCUUAAAAACUGGAUGUAAAGUUUAGCCGUGUCUUUAUCAGAUAUAGACACUCAUUAAACAUCAAUUUCUUUUGUUUUUUCUUUAUGAAUUAUUAAUGUAUUUUUGAAUAAAUUAUUGUAUAGAUCUAUAAAUGCUAUAAUGUGCGAGAUUAUCCUUUAAUUAGAAUUUUUCUGAAAGUGUGUGGUUGGAGUAGUGGAAUGGUAGCCACAGGUAGCCCAAGCUCAAAGUAUGGACCUCAGCAGAGUUGCAUAGCCUUAAAAACGUGUCGUCAUUCUCUCCUCUCCUUGUCUGUUACUUGUUUAGAGCAGCUUUGAAUGAAUGAAAUGUAUUGCUGACUGUACAUUAUCCUUUUUGUUCUUCAGGAAGGUGUCCAGAAGCCAGCAAGGAAAGUCUUACCCAGUCCUUCACCUCAUACACAACCCAGCCGGACACCCAGACCUGGUGAGUAUUGGACACUAGUAGAAACAUCUCAGCUCUUUGGUGAUUUUGGAGUCAACAGUUCUUUUGAUAAUACAUGUUGAAGAAGCAACUAACAAUAUUGUUUAUAUGUAUUUUUUUCCAUCAGUUCCACAAAAGCCUGCUAAACGAGGUAGGAAAAUUUGAUCAUCUGUACAACUCCAACUUUUAAAGAUAAGAUAAGAUCUUUACUUGAGUGUCAAUGUACAGUGUAUUCACUUUAGCAUGAAAUUGCUAAUUGAGGACACUAUUUUUACCUCCCCUGUAAAUGGCGACAAAGCCACCAUUUUACUUGGUCAUCCUAGCCACUUAAAGGUCUAGUCAAGGCAGUACCUUCAUUACUCAGUUAUUUUAAGAACCUGAGUAUUGGUCCAGGCCAGGGAAUCAAACCCAGGACCUCCCACUCUACAGUCACGCGCUCUACCGACUGAGCUCAACAAGCUGCGGUUAAAAACAGGCUUAUAUAUGUAGUGAUGAUCCAUUAAUAAGUCUUUUCAAAACUCUUUUAUAACAUAGCUAGAAUUUUCACGUAAUCAAAUUAUAUUCUUUUUAAAUGAAAUGACCCUAACCAUUUUUUUUUGCCGCCUGUAAGUCCUCUCCUGUAGUUUUAUCACGCUAAAACCGUAAAAUGACCACUUUCUUCCAGAAUCACGCACACCAAUAAUUAUAAUCCCAGCUGGCACGACCUCUCUGAUAACACUUUACAAUGCUCAGGAUCUUUUACAGGAUUUCAAGUGAGUUCGUUUUUUCCUUAUUACUAGACUAUUAGGGGCUAGAGAGUUCUAUGUACUUCAAAACUGAUAAAAAUACAAGCUUUGUCAUGUGUAUAUUCUAUUCAUAUGCUUAGGUGUCUAAUACAAUUAAGCAAAAAUGAAUUCUUUUCGAAGUACUUUUUAGAGUAUGAACAGGGUGUAAAAUGAAAGGCAAUCUGAUUGCUACGCAGGCUAACAAAUUACUGAUUAGUUUUAUCAUCGCUCUGCCAACUUAGCUUUAAAGCUUAAUGGGAAGACAACUUCUAGCACUCAAAUUCCAUCUCGGAGUCAGUUUUCUGUCCCAGUAUUUGUGUUUUAAGUGUUAUGCAACACAACAUCUACUUUACUCUUUGCGCAAGAAUGAUAUCCAUUAACAAACUAAGACCAGGUUGUAACGUCGCAUUUCAUAAAAUUGUUUCGAAUUUACAUGGCAGUGAGAAAAGUCUGUUGUUCUUGCCCAUUUUCAUUAGAUUUGGCACAUGUGAAAUGUUUAAGUGCUACCCUGGUUCCCGAGGUUUUUCUUGAAAUUGUUCUCCGCGUAAAAUGCAACGUUUGAACCGGGCCAAGAGUCUCUCUGGAGACUGCACUCAUUGCUUUGAGUCGGGACACUCAUUGUAUCAGGGGAGUCCUGUGGACAUAGCCCUAACAUUCUUCAACUUACUUCUAAUUGUCUUAUAGAUUUAUCAGUUCUGAAGAAAAGAAGAGCCAAGGGGCAAGACGUGAAAAUGAGGUUCUUAUUCAGCGAAGGAAAGAAAUUCAUCAAGCGCAAGCUGCACCUGGGGCCACACCCACUACUGUGACUGUACCAUACAGGGUUAUAGAUAACCCUACACGUCUACAACCUAACGACUGGUAAGUAAAAUGACAAGGGUGUUUAAUAGGUUGUUUACCAUCUUCAAAAAGCUUCCGGCAAAUCCGGUUGGAAAGUAAGUGGCAGAGGACGUUUUAGGUCGUUUGCGAGAGCAAUGGAGAAUAUGAAAAAGUAGUCCUGUUUUUCCGGACGGUAUGUUUUAAACGGAAAUUCGUGUCCCAUAGAUUUAAAGCCAUCUUUGGUACCAGUCUCAUGCCUUCGUGGCCGUCUUUCGGUCAGUGGAACUUAUUUGUACAAAUGAUAGACGCGAUUUCGUGGCGAAAUUUACCAGUCCUGAAUUUUGCUUACCAGUUAACCAAACCGUGAACCGACCGGUCUGCCCCAACCUCGUUCCCAGGGAGAGAAAACCUGAGAACGAGGUUGCGGUCUGCCCAUGCAAAUGGUAAACAAUCACGAGUUCAAUACAAGUUGAGAGCCGAGCUUGUGUUAGACUUGUUGAGAAACGAUAUAUAGUUUUAAUAAAAAGUAAUGAUUGCACUUCUCUUCAAGACGCCAUUUGUGAAGGCAAUUUUAUCCGUCUAUGAAGAAUUUUAACAGUAAAGAAGCUAAUUUCUUUGGGAGAAUGAAGAACAUUUUACUAAGAACAAUAUUUUAUUUAUAUUUGCUUGCUAUCGUUUUUUACAUUAUCUUGGUCAGUUAUUUCCGCUGGCCUUAGAAGCUGACUCGAUCCCCGCCAGUCGUCUUGGUGACAAGCACGGUAGCGGGAGCAGGGGGUGAUGGAAAGGGAGAAGAGAAGAAGUCUCUCUCCCUCGCUUUCCUCCUUCCCAUCUAACCCUGCGCGCCACCUACAGAGAAAUGAGAGACAACUGGGAACGAGUCAGCCCCUGAAGUUUGACGACAGUUGACCACAGAAGAUCAAAAGACCUAACAGAAGACCGGAAGUGCACUGCCCCAGUCUCCCUCGUCAUUGAUAAUCCAAGAUGGUGACUCCACGCAAAAAAUUCCCUUAAAAUACUAAGCGCGUGCUCGCCACCCAAAAAUAUGCCUUCACUGCAGGCUACAAUCGGCGACAAAAUUGUUGAGACAUUGUACUUAAAUAGGGUGACUUCGGAGAACAAACGAAUCCGCACCCCUCCCCUGUCCCCUCCAUUCAAAGUUGGGGUGUUUGUUGUUUUCUAUAGGUAGCUAGAACAAGGGCACAACAUUGCACGGAGGGGAUGGGGGAGGAAAGCUAUAUUUCCUCCUUUUGAAGUUCAUAAAACGUAAAAAAGCCCACUUUUGGGAGAAGUGUCUCAACUCAUUUUGUCGCCGAUUGUAGAUUAUAAUUGAUGGAGAUUUAUCAAGCCUCUCUAUAAGGCUGUCUUUACUAUGUUUUUUUUGUUCGUUUAUUUAUUGUCCGCGGCAGGAAUCGUGUGGUAGCUGUAUUUGUUCAAGGGCCUGCAUGGCAGUUCAAAGGGUGGCCAUACACCUCACCAGUCGACAUUUUCACCAAAAGUGAGUUGUUCUCUGUCUUAAUGUUAUGAUUACUAAUGAAUGAUAAUCCACUGCGCGCAUGUACACUGAAGUAUUUAGGAACACCUGUCGCUGCAAAAGAAAUAGAAUCUUUGAAGGGAUUCGAACCUAAUGCUUUCUAGAUUAUCUUUUCAAAUGCUUUACUUUUGAGUUUUGGGUAACUCCUAUCGAGGGAGGUCAUCCAGUACAGUAAAUGUGAAAUGUCUAUGUUGAUUAUCUAAAUGAUAGAAAAUAUUAAUUUUUUUAUCACAAAUAGAUUCAUGAAGUGUGACAUCAUAAAAAUUAUUUUUCUGAAAUUAUUGGACUUGUCGGGAUAUUCAGCAAGAAAAACAUCUAAAAGGCCAACAUGCCGAAAACUAGCAUUUUGGGGCAAAUUGUCUCUUAAGAUAUUAGCCCAGUUAUGCGCUGGUCACUCCAUACAAGUCCUUCUAAAUUUGACUCUGUUUAGGACGUUAAGAACCGAGGCAAAUUAUUUUCAUUGUAUUUCACAACCAGAGAGUUUUGUUUUCAAUUCCUUUAGCUGGUUUCAUAUACUUUUUGCACGUCUUCGUGAGCUGGGCUGUAAUAAUGUCGUUAUACUCGACACUCCUUGGAUUUCCUUACCGGAUCAUUUGCAAUCAUUGAGUUGUAAACUUUAUUUCGUAGUGAAAGGUUUCUAUCUAAAGUACGAUGAAAUGAAGACAGACACUAAUGUGCAGAAAUGGGAUGUGCAGGUGUUAACGGUAAGUUCCUGCUGGCACUACUCUGUGAGCCUCUUUUUUACUUGUCCUAUCACCUUGCCUAGUCCCUAGGCCUCAUUAUUCCGCGCGGCCAACUCGUUUCGGGUCACGUGGUCCAAGCGAAGAAGUGUGAAUUGACCGAGAAGGCCUGGGAAAACGCCGUACAGGGACUGAGGACGUACCACCAACUCUACCAACAAACCUUCUGUGGACAAAUCUGUUGUCAUGACCACCUUCUCUUUUAGCAUGGGUGCUGAAACUCUGGUUGAGAAUUUUUUUCUUCUCUGUGAUUAAGACAAUAGGAUCAUAGCGAUCAUGGUAAGAUAUAGGGGACCAGUUCUACGGGUAGAGCUUAUCUUAGUAAACGAGAACGACUGAUCAGAGCGCAUGUUGUGGUUUGCUUCAUUUUCUAAUUGCGUACACAAGUUUAGCAUUAAGCUUAUGAAUUGGUGACCUUUUCUUCUGUUAGCUCUUUAAAAGAGGCUUGAAAAAAUGCUGUCACUAUCCACCGUUACUUUGGACAUCUUUCAGGUUACGGCAAACUGCAUUGUAAAAACUCGCAACCACGAUGAACAGAGCGAUGCAACAUUGUUGCGAGAUUUUUUCGAGUUGGCACAACAUUGUUCCCAUAUUGUUGCCUUAAAAAUCGUUGUAGCAAAUCGUCUCGUGUAACAUCACCUUAAUACAGACUUCUUCCCUUUCUUUGCUUAUGCUGUCCUUGGCAAUGCGUGAAAAUAUUGUAUCGUGUCUUUCACCCUUAGAUCAGCCGAAAUAAAAGACAUCUGGAUAAAGCCUCAAUCAUUCGAUUCUGGGAAAUCCUAGACAAGUGAGUGGAAACUGACGGUCUUUACUUAAUAACACCUCUGUGUAAACCAGCCGGAUAUUGCUGUACUCUUGCCGUUCACCUGUAACCACCCUCCCCUAACCCAACUUUAACAGUAACCUCUUACCUAGGGCAAGGGGGUGGGGGGGGGAUGGGUACCGUAGGUCCAGACAGUUUCCUAGGACUUUCCCUGGAAGGGUAACCCUCCUAGAAGGAGUUUUGGUCCCGUUUGCAGGAAGCAGAGUAUUUGGCAAUAUAAUAAUGUAAAGGCGGGGCGGGUAAUCUGUUUAACCCCUCUUGGUUGUUUGACCUGAACAGGACCGAACAGCUGAAAAACUUCUGUCCUAAGUGGGAUUCAGUUAUUUGUGUUGAACUUUUUGAGGCAAGGGAAGAAAGAAGAAAGAGAGUUACUUUCUACCUUACUAAAAACCUACAUCGGUUUAUUUUAGCAGCCACUACUCAGUUCUUGUAAAUAUAAAAAUGCAGGCGCUGCUCUCUUUUAGCAAAUAGCUAAUAUGUUACGUUGUGUUAACUUUUCGUUUUUACUUUUGACAGAUUCAUGACCAAGCACAAAUCACACUUGCGCUAUUGAACUGCCAAUCAUGUCGACAGUUUUUACCGCGUAACGGCGGUUGGUUUACAGAGAGGAUAAAGAUGUCACUCAGUUAAAACCUCUGGCCGGCCUAAUAACGUCUACCAGUUAAGCAUUUAACGGGAAUUUCAAGGGACAUUUGUUCAACAACACAUCAGUAGUUUUAUUUACAUACUUCAGAACAAAUACUAACGUUGUCAUGCUAGCUCGUAGUGGAUGGCAAAAUGCAAACAGCGAGCCUAAAACAAGGCAGUGAAUUAUUAAUUUAAUGCUAGUGGAGAGAGUCCAGUGGAGGUUUUGGAUGCCGGUUCUAUGCAAUAUACUUUAUUUGUAAACGUUGACCUGUUUGUAUAAGGCCAGCAAUGCUAUACGAAGAAGUUACUGAGGUAAAAUGUAUAUGAUCCGAUAUUGUAUGCGAUAGGAAAUAUUGUAACUUCAUCCUCGCUCCAUGCCAUUCGAGAACUUUAGUUUCAAGGACGAGAUUUGACUUGCACCAUUAUCUUAAUUUAGGGAGAUUAAGCCUUCUCCCGAUCGCAACUUCUACCAUUUGAUAACUUGUUUCCGCCACUACAACAUCCUCGCUAAAACCCGUGGUAGGACGACGGCCAUGAAGUUUUCCCGCCAAAAUGACGCGGUUUCACGCGCGAACGCUGCUUAGUUUUGAGAAAAUCUCGUUCUCGACUUCUCGCAGUCUCUCUCGUCUUAGAUUCCAAAGGUCUCUAUUUUAGUAUUUUGG